GUUGUCGGCCUCGGUCGGCAAAGCACCCUCCCCGAGGAGAGAAGUAGCCCGGCUAUCGCCACUGUCGUUACCGUCGUAUGAAGAAGAUCGUAUAAAGGGCCCGCCCUCUCCAGCAAAGCCUUCCUCAUUCCCUCGUCUGCUAUCAUGGCCCCUCCUGGAGUGGUGUUCCUGCUCAGGACAAUUCCCCGCCUCGUCUACCCGUCUGUGCUCGCGUACGGAUGCCUGCGCGUGCUGGAGAACGUCCGCGAGGUCCAGCUGCCCGCGUGGGUCCCCGCCGCCAUCAUCCUCGUGCACCCGCUCUCGUGGUUUGUCUCCAGCGUUCUCACCCAGGCCAAAAACCGUCGCAAGGCCGCUGCUGCUGGGGCCGUCAUCCCGCCUCUCGUCCAGAGCAAGCACCCUUUCGGGAUCAGUCAUCUGUCCACUAUCCGGAACUCGGUCAGGAAGGGGUUGUUCGCUAAUGUUAUCGGUCUUUGGGCCAAAGAAACGGGCUCUAAUGUCUUCCGCGCCGACAUUAUGGGAGAUACCCGCUAUUUCACUCUUGAGCCCGACCAUGUGAAGGCUAUCCUAGCGACUCAAUUCGAGGAGUUCGAGAAAGGCCCUGUGACCUUCGAAAUCGGCCUUUCACUCCUCGGCCGUGGCGUCUUCAACUCUGAUGGCGAUAUGUGGAAGUUCCACCGCACCAUGACCCGCCCCUUCUUCAACAAGGACAAGAUCGCGCACUUCGACAUCUUCGACCGGCACGCGGAGGACAUUCUCCGGCAGGCCAAGGCGCGCCUCGCGCAGGGCUUCCCCAUCGACUUCCAGGACAUGAUCGCCCGGUUCACCCUCGACUCCGCCACCGAGUUCCUCUUCGGGCACGACGUCAACUCUGCGGGCGCCGGUCUCCCCUACCCGCCCUCCUCCCCCCUCGCCAACUCCCGCCAGUUCCUCGAGCACCCGUCGAACAAAUUCGUGGAGGCCUUCGGGGAGGGGCAGAACCUGAUGGCGCUGCGCUCGAGGGUGGGUGGCACGGCGUGGCGGUUGUAUGAGUUUUGGCAGGAUAAGAUUGCGCCGAACAGAAAGGUUGUGGAUGGGUUUGUGACGAGCAUUCUGGACGAUCCGGCGUUUGCGAGGCAGGAUAUCGAGGCGAAGACGGGGGCGGCGGCGAAGCCGGGCGAGAACGACACGCUGCUGCACCAUCUGUUCAAGCACACUCAGGAUAAGCAGGUUCUCACCGACGAGAUCGUUAACCUCCUGGUCGCCGGUCGUGACACGACUUCCGGUACUUUGGCGUACGGUGUCUACAAGCUGGCUGAGCACCCGGACAUUACGGAGAGGCUGCGCGCUGAGAUUCUCGACAAGGUCGGACCGACGCGUCGCCCCACGUACGAGGACAUCCGUGACAUGAAGUACCUGCGCGCUUUCCUGAACGAGGUCCUUCGUCUGUACCCCAUUGUUCCGGUCAACAGCAGGACCGCCAACCGCGACACUGUCCUACCGUACAAGAACAACAGCCAGAGCCCCAUCUUCGUACCAAAGGGAACUCGUUGCUUUUACAGCGUCUAUCUCAUGCACCGUCGCACCGACCUCUGGGGCCCUGAUGCCGGCAAAUUCAACCCGGACCGCUUCAUCGACGAGCGCCUCGCCAAGUACCUCACCCACAACCCGUACAUCUUCGUCCCCUUCAACGCCGGCCCGCGUAUCUGCCUCGGGCAGCAGUUCGCGUACAACGAGAUGUCGUUCUUCCUCGUUAGGCUCCUGCAGAACUUUUCGUCAUUCACCCUGGCGGACGAUGUGCAGUCGGCGGAGUCGGUGGCGCGGUUCCGUACUACGGACGCGCCGGAUGCGGAGGUGGAGAAAAGGGUGUUUGCGGCGCAUUUGACGAUGUAUCUGAAGGAUGGCCUCUGGGUGCGCAUGCAGGAGGCUCCGGCGUCGGAGAAGCUGUGAACAUGGUCCUUGGAUUGUCCACUAGUAUUCAAAUCGAGUUGUUGAAAGAUGGUAUGUAUACGUGGACUGGACGCACACACACACAUAGACGUUCGUUAGUAGCUCUAUAUAUCUGGAAAUCAUGCUAAACAGCAUCUUCAAUCGA